AUGUCGACUCCCACAAAAUCACAAGAAAAGCCACCCAAAUCCACCAACAUGCUGUCUGCAACUCAAGCAGCCCGCUUCACCAUGUCCGGCAUUGCCGCUUUACACACAUCAAUGUUUGCAAAAGGUUUUAGCAACAAUGAACACCAAGCAGUUGCUAGAGCUUUGUUGAGGCAUGACACACACAUUGAUGGGACUCACUAUCAGACUAGGAAAUUUGGUGGCCUUCAAUCAUCAUAUAUUGGCUUUAAUGAUACUGCUAAACGAACAGAUGAGAGGACACUCAGCCAUGAUGUGCUGGUUGAGGUGGCACUACAGGACGUGUUUGAUGCACUAACUAUACAAGACCGCCUGGAUGCUGAAAAUUCACUCCCUAUUGACAUCUACAUUACACCUCACGAACUCCAUGAAUCAUCAUCCAAGUGGAUUGGUGGAGACAUUGCAGUCUGGGAUGCGAAGAAGGAAAAUAGCAGUGGACAUGGAAAGGAUGCACUCCCAGUCACUAAAACUCUUCUCAAGGAGUAUGCAGAUAAGAAACAAAAAAAGGCCACUGGUACUUGCAUCUCAACCAAGUCCAAGGUCAAUGACAUCACUCAAACCCUCAAGGCCAUAGAAAAUGAGCUCAAUAGUCUUAAUUGUCGCACUGGUGCAGAAGUCAUGUUGUACAUGACACGUGGCUCUACUGAUCUUCCUCUUUGA